AUGCCGAUUAGUGCUCUCGAGGCCAGGGCCUUGCACGACAGCAUACGCUUCACGCACCUGGACCGUGGCCACUGCUGGGCCCUAGGAACGCCGUCCGAGGACGACUCGAGGCGCGGCCAGGGAGGGAGCCGGGAACAGCGAUGGACAAUCCGCACGCAUAACUGCCCUCCAGCCCGAGGUGCGGAGAGGAACAGGGAUGCACCGCCGGAACAAGUCCACCACGACGAGCAUGGGUGCAACUCUUCCCAGGCCGUGAACGGCUUAGCGCCGGUCGCCAAGCGCAAGGUCUCCAGGGCUAGCACGCGGCUGCGGGACCUGCUCCAUCAUCACGUUUCCGAGCCUCCAGCACCUGCAGCCGGCCUUGAAGCAAUCACACUCCCGUGA